AUGUGUGAACCAUACAACAGAAAGAGGGCGUUGAAGUCAAGAACUAAUCAUCAUGUUGAAGAGCCAAACAAAAGAUUCAAACUCUCUUCUUAUGAAGAAGAGGGUGAGCGUGAUCUUAUUAUCAGUUCAUUGUCUGAUAAAAAUACUGGUUCAAAAAGAAAACUUAUUAAUCGGUAUGAAAAAGGUUGCAUGCCAUUUGAUUGGAACAUUUUCCUCGUGUGUGACGUUUCCUCAGGAUUUUUCCCUGAUCGAUCUAUUUAAGCAAAUUUUGACUUUUUACGAGCAAAUUCUCAUGAGGAAAAAUUUUUAACCAAAAAUCUCCAAGAAAAUGAUGUAGCUCGAGGAAAAUGCUCUGAUUAAAUAACUUACACUGUUGAAAAAGAAUACCUGGACUUCACGAGUUCAGGUAUUUCUCAAAAGGGGUAAGUAAAAUAGCUUUUAUUAAAAGAGUUAAUUAUUUAAACGGCACUUUAUUUCAGGAUUUUUUUAUAAAUUUUCAAAGAUUUAGGUCAUUUUUCUAAAUAUUUUAUUUUUUUAAAAAGAUAUUUAUUAAAAAUUGUUUUCCAAAAGCCAUCAAAAGGCACAGCUUCUUAUCAGAAGAAUUGUACAUUCCAAAGAAAUUCCAAGCGAAAUGCGUGGGCAACCCUUAUUCAGACUUCUUUUAGAUGUAUAUGAAAAGCUAUCCCUAAAUGAAAUUGAAGUAACUGUUUGGUCAAUCUAUUUAGAUCGGUUUGUUUGGGCUGACCAAGAGUUCCCACUUCGUCUGCUACUAAUAAUUUCUGCCUAUGCAGCGAAAUCAUACCUUAGUGAUGCCCGGCACUUCUAUGAGUACAUUAAAUCUUUUAUUUAAUUAUUUAUUAUAUUUUUAUUUUUCGGCUUUUUCAAGCCAUUUUCCUUGAGCCCCGCCUAAAAAUCCUCAAAUUCCUUUUAAAAUCAUCAGCCCAUUAAAUCAAAAAUCCCAGGUUUUGAAGAAGUUUAUAGGAAAUGGGAUUUUAAAAACAAAGGCUGGCUUGAAGUGAGUGGAAAAGAGCUGAACUUAAAGUACAGGUACUUAAGCGAGUCCGUUUUAGCUUGCAACGAGUUCAGAAUUAUCGAAUACAACUAUUACGUUGAUGAAAUUUUACAAUCGUCGCCUCCCUACCGGCAAGAUCUAAAGGAUCUAAGUUCUGGGCCGGAUGAUGAAUGGGACGUUCUUAUGCCUUUUUUUAUAAAUAAAAAUAAAUAUUUAUAGCAAAUUUUUUUAAAAAAUAGGAUAUAAAGAAGCAGAAUUAUAUAUUAUUUAUACGAAAAGAAAUAAUGUUGAACUGGAAUCAUGCUCAACCAAAGCUUCAAAUUCGUUUUCUGAUAGUUUUAAAUCGACAGCUGAGUAUAAAAGCGCAUAUAGCAGCCCUAUCAAUCCAUUUUCAAAUUUUUACAAUAUAGGAUAUACUGCUAUGAUGUAUAACCCGUUUAUUUUUAGCCCUCCGGAUCCUUUUUCUUACGAAAUGAUGAGGCCAAGACAUAUCCAAGUGCCAACUCAAAUUUUCAAGCCGGUCCCUGUGAGGUAUUUUAACCCUGUUGAGACUGGUGAGAAUUUAGGCUCUAAUAAUUAG